AUGCCACCACCAUCCCUGAAACUCAAUUCCGGCCACUCGAUUCCAACUAUUGGAUUGGGAACGUGGCAAUCGAAGCCUGGAGAGGUGGCUGCUGCUAUCAAAACCGCCGUCGCCGCUGGAUACCGUCAUAUUGAUUGUGCCCACGUCUACCAGAACCAGAAGGAAGUUGGAGAAGCGUUGAAGGAAAUUCUAGAUGAGGGAAAGGUUAAGCGCGAGGAGCUCUUCAUCACUUCAAAAAUCUGGAACACCUUCCACUCGGAAGCCAAAACUCAUGAGAAUGUCGGUAUCAUUCUCGCAGACCUUCAACUCUCCUAUGUUGAUCUGAUGCUCAUCCACUGGCCACAAGGAUACGCUGAAGACGGAGAACUGUUCCCAGCUGGUGAGAAUGGAAAAAUGAGAUACUCGGACGUUGACUAUCUGGAGACUUGGAAAGCUCUCGAAGCUGCUCACAAGGCUGGAAAGUGUCGUUCAAUUGGAGUCUCCAACUUCACUUCUAAACAAAUUCAACGUGUUUGGGAUGCUGCCGAGGUGAAGCCAGCUUGUCUUCAAGUCGAACUUCAUCCAUAUUUCACUCAAGUUAAACUUCGUGAGUUCUGCAAGGAGAAGGGAAUUGUCGUUGUUGGAUACUCGCCACUUGGAAACCCCGGAUCCGCUUUCUUCCGUAAGGAUGGAGAUCCAAACGUUUUGACCAACGAAGUGGUGGCUGCGAUUGCCAAGGCUCAUGGAAAGACUCCCGCUCAAAUCGUUCUCCGUUGGUUUGUUGAGAGUGGACUCUCUGCUAUUCCAAAGUCUGUUACUCCUCAGAGAAUCUCCGAAAACUUUGCCGUUUUCGAUUUCCAACUUACCCCAGAAGAGGUCUCCCAAAUCGAUGGGCUCGACAAAAACUGGCGUAUUGUCGAUCUGAGUCAACGCGACUGCGACCACCCACACUGUCCGUUCCUUGACGAGUUCUAA